AUGUCGCCCAAGGGUCCUUACAAGUUGGUCACCGUCAACACCGCGCCUGAGCGUGCGAAGCGCCUUGUCGGCCGCAUGGUUGAAGCUCUCAAGGACCGGUACACGAUUGAGCAUGUCGCAAACUGCGAGAGGAUAGACGAAGUUGAGGGCAAGGUGAAGGAGCACCAGCCUGACGUCUUGUUCUGCGCCUCAAUGUGGUCUGCUGAGGAGGCCAACCAGAUCUUGUCGAUUGCGAGAUCGAUCAAGCCUGACAUCAAGACACAUGCCAUCCCGCAUGGGCUUCAAGUCGAGAGGGGUCCCGAUGCCAUUGUCGAGCAUCUGCUUGAGGUGGUCCCUCCUCUGAUUGAGCAGUAA